AUGGCGCAGAUAUGUGGUGGAGAUGGUGGAGAUGCUGGAGAUGUUGGAUACGAUGGAGACGGUGGAUACGGACACUGGGGAGGUGGAGGUGGAGAAAGGAAGACCGGCUUCCAAUCGGGCUGUGCCAUACAGAGAAGAGCUGUCCAGGGACUCGCCAGCGUACUCGCGGGCAGCUGUCAUGCGAGCCAGGGCGGUCGAAAUUGUAGGAAGGGUGGUGCCGUUGUCCUUGGCGAUGGAAACGGCAUGGCGAGCGUCCUUGGAUGCCAGAUCGACGCCAAACCCGGGCUUGACGUCGAGUGGCGGUGCGUAAGCGCCGGUAGUCAUCCGCUUCGAGUAGCUUUCGAGAACGGGCCCGAACAUGCUGCCGAUGAACUGUUCCAUCUGUGCCGUGCCAAGACCUGUCUUCUCGGCAAACACGUGUGCUUCAGCCACGAGUUCCUGGAGCCCGAUAACGAAGAUGUUGCUGCGACAGUGACCAUUGUUAGCUUUAUCAGUAUCAGACUGGCCGAUCCCAUCUCGUUCAGCACGUACCCCGAGAUCUUGAGCAGGCUCGACUUGGACACAUCCUCGCCCAUGUUAAUGAUCUGCCGGCCCAUCACGCCGACGACGAAGGGGGUGAGCUUCUCGAUCACAGCGGCCGGGCCAGCCAUGGAGAAGAUGAGCUGGCCAGAGGCGGCGACCGGACUGGCACCGAAGACGGGUGAGGCCACAAACGUGGCUCCCUUUUCCCCGAGCCGCUUUGCGCACUUCGUGCUGGUGUCCGGGUGGACGGUCGAGGUAUCAACCCAGAUCUUGCCCGCGAGGGAGGCAGAGCUGGCGAGAGCCUGGCUCACGAGGUCGUCGAGAACCUGGUCGUUGGAGAUCUUUUAUCAUGCAAUUAGAAUGCGGGUAUCGCGAGAGAAGAAAGGCGAGUGGAGAAUAGACUCACCAUGGUGA